AUGUUUUCUUUUUUCAAUAGCCUACUAGUAGGCCUUACAAUCUUACUAUCAUAUCUUGCAACCAUUGUUAGCGCUGUAAAGCCUACUGGAAAAUAUAUUAUUGAAUUCAACAAGGGUAAUCUUAGAGAAUUGAGUAAACGCUCGUUUGACAAUCAGUCAGACGAGUUUUCUCAUUUUUUUAAUCAACUGAAAUCUCUUCAAAUCGAUACAAUAUCGCACUUUAACUUUAGUCAUGUUUUUAACGGUGUCACUAUUUCUUUCACAGACUCUUCAGAUACGGUUUUAAAAAUUAUUAAAGGACUCCCUAUUGUCGACAAUGUCCUUAAGGAUCUCUCUACUAUUGCUGAGUUUCCCUCGCCCGAAAUGACAUUUCAACAAAAUUUAAAUACUGAUUCUAAUCUUUCAAAACGUAAUACUUUUAAGAGGUCUACAACAAAAACUUCAUCUACCACCACCACCUCCGAUGACUCUUCACAAGCAGUUAAAGCUGCACAAAGUUCACUUGCUAGUCUUCCACAAAUACCUUGGAGUAGCCUCGACUCUACUUCUGUUUCCCAAAUCCAUAAGAAAGGCAUUACAGGUAAAAAUGUUGUCAUUGCUUUUUUGGAUUCCGGUGUAGAGUACAACCAUGAAGCAUUGAAAGGUAGAUAUUUGGGUGGGUAUGAUCUUGUAGGUGAUAACUUUGGACAAAGCAACCCUGUUCCCUCACCUGACAACGAUCCUAAUGACACUUAUGGCCAUGGAACUGAAGCUGUUGGUGUUGCAGUUGGAUCGAGCAAAACUUUUCUAGGUGUUGCACCUAGUGCUAAGUUUAGAAUGUACCGUAUUCUUUCCAGCUAUGAUGGUGGUACCACAACUGACAUUAUUUUACAAGGUCUCGAAAAAGCUGUUCAAGAUGGUUCGGAUAUCAUUAAUGUGUCUGCUGGUGACCCCGAAGGGUUUACCUUUUCAGUAGUCAAUCGUGUCGUUGAUAAUAUUGUUUCCAAAGGUAUUGUUGUCGUUUUUGCUGCUGGUAAUUAUGGUACUGCCGGUCCCUACUAUGCCUCGGCCGGCGCUUCUUCUCUCAGUUCUGUUGGAGUUGGUCAUACUUUAACUGAUAGAUUAGUUGGUUGGAACACAUAUAUUGUUUCCGAUAAAUCAAAUACACCUCGUGCUGCUGCAUAUGUUUCAGCAUCUGCUGGCAUUCUCCCAUUAGAUGGCGCCUACAAAGUUGAUGUUAUCCCGAAUAGCCUCUGUACUCCAAAUGGAGCUCCUAAGCGCAACAAUAGUGUCCUUAUUAUUCCAGCAUCUAAUGAUUGCAGUAAAGCUACACAGUAUAACGUUGCUUCUUCACUUGGAUAUACUAAUGUUUUUUACAUUGCGUCUACCCCCUCGCAGUAUCUGUAUAACUCCUAUGCUUCACCUCAAGACCCUUUAACAGGUAUUGCUGCUUAUAACAGUACUGAUGGAGCAUGGAUUGUUGAUCAGCAUUCCAGAGGAGCUUCAUUGACAGUGGUAUUUAACAGUUCUAUCUCUCCUGUCAUUAUUGACAUUUCUUCAUCUGGUAUUCCUGGAGUUGGUCUCGUAAAUACUGUACAGUCUUGGGGCCCUACCUAUGACGGUUUCUUUUACCCUGACGUUUCAGCUCCCGGUGGUAAUGUGUUUGCGCCAACAAUAGAUGGGAAAUACAAAACAGUUUCUGGGUCAAGUUAUUCUGCUCCAUUUGUUGCUGGUAUUGCUGCCCUAUACCUUGAAAAAAAUAACUAUUCAAAGUCUCUAAAUCGUGGCGCUCCUGUUGGCACUCCUGAAGAAUUUAAGCGUCGCCUCAUGUCAUACAGCAAUGUUGUUAAUUAUUAUGAUGGAUCAUCUACUUACUCAGGAACCCCUGCUCCAUUAAUUCAGCAAGGCGCUGGUAUGGUCAAUGCAUACAACGCGCUUUAUUGUCAAUCAAUUAUUGUCGACAAACCAUAUCUCACUGUUAACUCGUCUGCUAACAGAUACUUCUUUAAUUACUUUGAAUUCAAUUUGAAAAAUGGGUCUCCAAAAAAGCUUAGUUACACUCUAAGUGCUCAACCUGCAGCUUCAGUAAAUACCCGUGAUGAUAAAACUUUGGAAAGCUACACCUUUCCUCCACCCACAACAGCCGACAAGAAAAGAAUUUACUUUUAUGAGUCUAGCUUUUCUUUAGACCCAGGUGCCACAAAAACAGUCAGAAUUGCUCUUAUUCUUGACCUAAUUCCGGCUUAUGAAAAUACGUGUUAUACGGGGAAAAUCCUCAUUAAACCAAGUGAGGGUGACGCCUUGGGUAUCCCAUAUCUCGCCUUUUCCGAAAAUACAAAAAAGAAUGGCAAGAUUUUAAUUGACCCAAUCAUUUUUAUCGACUCCGAUUACAACCCUGUUGAUCCAUCCCAGUAUACUUACAGCUUGUCUGAUUAUUAUAACUUUCCAGCAUUUUUUUUUGGAACCAACUUUGGUUCAUCCGAUCUGUCUUUUGAUGUUGUUUCAGACAAUUUCAAUAUUAAUAGCGAUAUCUAUGGUAUCAUUUCCACUACUCAAUGCACUAACAAAAACGGCUGUGCCAACAGCAAUAAAUACUAUGGUACAUUGUACGGCGUUUUUGAUGGUACAUUCAGAAUAGCAGCAAAAACAUCUACUAAUUUGGGUACUUGGGAUUUCACUAGCGGCGGGUUAACUAAGCCUGGAAAAUAUCGGAUUUUGACUAGAGCGUUAAAACCCUUUGGAUCCAGAACAAAAGCUAGUGAUUGGGAGUAUCAGUUGUCCGAUACAUUUACUGUUGCGGCAUAA